AUGGACCUAAUUUCUGCUGCUGGACUUAUUAAAACAUUAAGUGACUUUGGUAAAUGCUAUGAGGUUCUGGUUAAAGAGUUUGUUAUGAACAUACCCGUAGAUUGUGAUGUACCUGGAAGUCAGAAUUUUAGGAAAGCAUGUGUAAGGGGUAAACUUGUUCACUUCUCCCAUCCGGUAAUCAAUAGGUACUUGGGAAGAAGUGAUGACGAGGGGUUUGAUUUGGAGGUUACUGAUAACCAAGUUUGCAAGGAAAUCACUGCAAAUCAAGUUGCUACUUGGCCAAUGAAAGGUAAACUGUCUGCUGGUAAACUCAGUGUGAAGUAUACCAUUCUGCAUAGGAUAGGAGUUGUUAAUUGGGUUCGCACUAAUCAUACUUCAACAAUAAAAGUUGGGUUGGCAAAGUUUCUCUAUGUUGUUGGUACCAAAACUAACUUCGACUACGACACUUAUACUUUUGAUCAGUCUGUGAGUCAUGCUGCUACCAUUUCUACCAAGAUUCCUGUUGCAUUUCCUUCCUUGAUCUAUGAUCUUGUCCUGACACCUGCUGAGAGGAAGCUGUCUACCACAGCUUAUACUAUUCUAGCUCUGAAGGAAACCUGCAAGGACUUGGAUGAGAUCAUUGCUACCAUCACCAAAAGGAAGCUUGACAUUGAACGACUUCUCAAGAGUAUUGAACAUCCUGAUAGAAAUGGGACUACAAAGGCAUCUAAAAGAGCCGCUGAUACACAUGAAUCUGAUGACCAUGUUGAGGGUCGUACCUCCAACGAUACUUCUAUUGAAGGUGGUGAUAGUGCCUCAGGUUCCAGUUCUGACGGGGAAGAUUAA